AUGUACACGAACCAACUGGGCGAAGCCGACUUCGAGCGAUUGCUUGGCGCUCAUCCGUCAGAAGUAUAUCAAAAACUGACCCAAUCUGCAACACCUCGGGAGAAAAUAUUUUAUGCCGUUACAACCAGACAGCAAUCCCUGCACCCGGAAGAUUUCACAGACCUUGAAGCAGCCAAUGGUAAUCCUAGAACCUUCGGACGAGCACUCCAGAAAAUUGUACAACGCACUUCAGCUAGUGAAAGUCCGGAUAAGCUUGAGUAUCUAGAAACACUAAAACAAUUGGAAAAUGAAGCUAUUCAUGAUGUCAAUCCAAUCAAUUAUCCGUAUAUCGAAGAGCUGUACAGUCAAGGAUUCAUUGAUGCAACCACUAGAGCCAAAUUGUAUCCACCUCAAGGAACAACAAACCAACAAUUCUUGGAAGCUCUUGGCACUCAGAAAGAUUUCCUAGCGGAUCUCAGAAAAAGCCUACUGACCCGUAUCACAACCCAGAUCGACGUGACUGAAGACGGGCAAAAGGACUGGAAGACUUCUUGA